AUGCCCAAGGAGAACUUAAUCUUCAAGCUAGACAAUCUGGAAUAUCAAUUCCACCAUCUGAAUGGCACUUUGAAUGAUUUCAAGCCCCGGUUGAAGAACACCGCACGUACAUUCAAUGCUAAAGGAAAGAAAACGUCAAAAAAAAUCAGCAAGCUGCUUGAGUCUGCGAAUUUGAAUGAAACCAAUGUGCAAUUGACGUCUUUGCGAGCUGAAAUUGUACAGAAGAAAGCAUUUCACUUGGAAAACAAGUUGACAAGCUUGCUAGAGAAAACGCUUCAACAGCAGUAUUCCACUCUUUUGAAAAAACACAACCAGAAAAACGAAGAUAAGCUCAAAACUCUCAAAACGCUUGACGAAAAAUACACGUUGCCCGUUUUCUGUAAGCUGUUUGCGAAAUCGAGGGUUUGUAAGCUUCUGGUAGCUAAAAUCACACCAACCAAGACGGCCAAAGCUGAUCCACCAGUCUGGUUUAAAGACAGUGAGUAUUUCUUAGCAGCUCAAGAUAAGACCCACACUUACAAUCCAAGUCGUGUUUGGAAUGAAGUGGUGGUAUCCACAAGCGGGUGCGAGAAACUUCUCAGCCAAACGAUGGCCGGACCCAAAAUCAAAGAACUGAUGUCUGCUUUUGACAGUGGCAUGGAUAUGUUUCUCAACAAUAAAAAAACCAAAGAGGUUGAGCUUCCGAGCGUGUCUGCGAAGAAGGAAGAAGCCGAAGAAUCGGACUCAGAUUCAGGUUCUGAGUCUGAAGAAAGUGAUGAUGAUGGUUCCAACGCCGAAGUGCCUGAAGAUGUUGAUGAGGAUGAAAUUUUGAAACAGUACGAAGGCUUGCUAGUAGGUUCAGAUGACGAGGAUAACGAUGUUGCAGCUUCAUCUCUCGAUCCCACAAUAAACUACAACGAGAUCACGGACGAAGAGCCAAGUGAAGAUUCCGAGGGAGAAGACGACCUUGCGUCGAGUGAAGACUCAGACUCAGACUCAGAAGACAAGCCUGCGUCCAAGCGUCAAAAAACUGAAAAGGCGCCAGGAAAGGAUAAAAAAACCACGAAAAAGGCUGUUUUGCCCGAAUUAAUGGCUGGCUACUACAGUGGAGGUUCAGAUGAUGAGUUUUCAGACGCUGAUGUGGCGCCGGAACCGAUCGAUAAUGCUCCUAAGCGCAAGAACAGAAGAGGGCAACGUGCGCGUCAAAAGAUCUGGGAGAAGAAGUUUGGUAAGACCGCUAACCAUGUUCAAAAGCGGAUGCAGGAGGCACAGUCCGAAAGACAACAGAGACAAGUCGAAUACGAACAGAGGGUCGCUAAGCGUGAAAGCAAAGCUCGCGAAAGAGAAGAGGCCCAGGCUCGUCAUAAUAGCGAACAAAAACGUCCUGAACAGAUUUCAAAAUCCACACAAGUCCAUCCCUCUUGGGAGGCAAAGAAGCAGGCAGAAGAAAAACAGAAAGCCGCCAAGUUUCAAGGUAAGAAGAUCGUCUUUUGA